UGUAGACGUGUAGGCGCUAGCGUGUACAUUUCCGCAUGUACAUUCGACGACUCUGAUCAAUCAUCUAACCAUUAUACUGUAACAUCAGACUUUAUUUGGAGCUGAUCUGUUUAGGGAAAAGCUUAUCCGGGCAGUGGGACUUUUAUAUGAGGGAUAUGCAGACCAGCGGCCAUUCCUCCACAGACCAUCCCCGGUCCCCGGACCUGCAUGUCGCGUCACUAAACAAUAACGGUUAUACGCUGCGCUUCAGGAGGAGCUGCUACGAAACGUGUUUAGGAAAAUAAUAUUUGUCAAGUUGUCUUUGCAGAGGACAGCCAUUCUGUUACAGAUAACAUACCGGGCGUGCUGUACUCUGGCGAAAAUGGAGGUGUUUCUACAGAGAUGUAGCGCUGCCAAAAAGGUCUGUUUGGAGGACAGCUCUGGGGUCCAUGUCGUUCUUGGCAACGAGGCCUGUGACCUUGAUUCCAUGGUGUCAUCCCUCGCCUUCGCUUACUUUCUGUCCAGAACGUCUGGAGGCUUGGGGAAGACGGUUGUGCCAGUGUUAAACAUCCGGAGGGCCGAAUUCCCCCUGCGGUCCGACAAUGUUCUCCUGCUGAAGGAGAGCGGGGUUCCGCUGGAGGUUCUGGUGUUCCGUGAUGAGGUGGACCUGGCAGGGCUCCAUAAAGCCAAAAGGCUGGCGCUCACCCUGGUGGACCAUAACGUGCUUUCUAGCGCCGACCGUGAAUUGGAGGAGGCGGUUGUGGAAGUCAUCGACCACCACCACCUCGAGAGGACACCCUCCCCUUCCUGUUCCGUCACCGUGGAAACCGUGGGUUCCUGUGCCACUUUGGUGACUGAGCGCAUUCACCACAAGGCACCUGAGGUGCUAGACAGACAGGUCGCCCAAUUAUUAUAUGGGGCUAUCUUGUUGGAUUGCGUCAACAUGUCGCCUGAGGCGGGCAAGGUCACGCCCAAGGACAGACAAGUGGCCUGCCUACUGGAGUCCCGCUUCUCUGACCUGCCACCGAGGGGCGCCCUCUUCCAGUCCCUCCAGAGCGCCAAGUUUGACGUCUCAGGUCUUUCUACAGAGCAGAUCCUAUUGAAGGACAUGAAGGUGGUCUCCUGUGGCGACCUGACACUGGCAAUAAGCGCUGUGUACAUGACACUUGACAUGUUCCUACAGCGAAGAAGCAUACUACAGGAGCUUUGUGAAUUCUGUCAUAAGCAUGGAUUUGGCGCCGUGGUUGCCAUGACAAUCUCGUUUAAUGAACAAUGUGAGCCUCAUCGGCAGCUGGCGGUAUAUAGCUCCAGCACCCUCUAUAGGGAGCAGGUAAGUCACGCAUUGGAAAAGGCCCGGAAUCCAUCCCUGAGUCUCUCUCCAAUGAGCAGCCCUUACAAUGACAUCAGGUCCUAUCUCCAAGGCAACGCGCUCGCCACUCGCAAGAAAGUACUGCCAGUCCUCAAGGACUUCCUCAAGGAGUGGAACCUGAAGCAAGUGCAUUGUGGGGAGGCCGAGGACUUUGAGGAACUAGACAACUUUGACCCCACAGGGUCACCCGGUAUGGACGUUGACAAUCGACCCCGCUGCUUCUCGGCCUCCCGGCAUCACCGUCGCCGGCUGUUGGGCUCUGAGGACUCUGGGAUGGAGGAUGACUUCCAGGUGCCGGCCACUCCCAUGAACAGCCUGGUAGAGGGCUGUCCUCUGGACGACGGCCUGCCCCGGAUCAGCGCAGAAGCCAUUUUGGAGAAGUUUAGCCACCUGGGAGGGGGGGCAGAGGGAAAUACAGAUGACAGCUGGCCAGGUGAACAAUAGACUUCUGCUGGUGCCUUUAUACUCACGUGACUCCUGUUGACUGUUACCAUGGUCCUUGAAGCAACAGACUGGAACAAGUAGAGCUCCAGGUAAGAGGCAUACUACUUGUAAAUUUGAUAAGGGCCAUCAGAUUGCGGAUAAAAAUGACAGUCGGAUUGGGGGCGUGGACGGUGAGUCAGAAAUUGUACAGCACUUCCAGGUUUGCUGUCCACAUAUCCAGCGACAUUGAAUGGAAACAGGAUUGGGCUCAAACAAAAUGGAAAGUAACAGAGAAACAAAACGGAAGGAAACUGCCUGUCCAUGAACUUUGUUUCAUUUUGCAAAAUGUUUUGCCCCGCUGAGAGCCCCAAUGAACAUGACUCUGGACUUCCGUGGCCAUCUAACUAUAAUCACCCUGCGCUUGCAGAUGCUUUACAGGUGAAGACCACCUCCAAAUGGAAAUGAGGACAAUCUAUGGAGAAUACCUAAAAGACUAAAGUACGUAAAUCGUGUCACAGACAACUGAGUGAAUCUUUAUGACGAAGGAGAAUCUUGCAUCUGUGUGAGACAUCCGUCAUUGCACCGUGUGGUUCUGGUCUGGGAACAUUGCUGAGGUGUCUGAUCUUUAGUGUACAGAAUCUAUGUAUAGCUUGUGAGUGAGCUGAUGAUUGAACAUGUGAUGUUUCCUGAUACGUGUGAGUUUUCCUGGUUGCUGUGAUGUCCUGAAGACAUUAUCAUUAGGGUUAUUCCCAUCCCUCAGUUCGACUAAUUGUGAAAAUCCAUCUGAGAAUAACGGAAGAAAAAAAUUCAUACUGUCCUAGAUUCUGCUGCCAGAGAGGGAGAGAUGUAUAGAGAUGUGGAGAUAUAUGUAGCAAAUAUUAAAAUACACUCGUAAAAUCCUUAAACGCUAAACCCAAUUCGUAAUUAAGUAAUUACAAACAAAGGACACAAAAAUAUAUCAUGUAUUUUCAUUGUUUAUUGAACAUACGUGAUUUAUUUAACAAAAAUAUGCGAACCUCUUCGUUCAAUUAUUGUGGCAUCUCCAUUAGCACACCAAUAUUAUUUCUCCUGAGAUUUUGUUUGUUAUAUUUGUUUGAAGGCUUUGGUCACCAUUUUCAGCCUUGCUUUAGCUCCUUGACUGAUGGCCUGACGUUCUGUUCAAGAAUCUCCUGGUACCCAAAAUUAAGACGGGACAUUUGGUUCUUUUUUGACAGCAGAUGCUUCUUCCUAGAAACCUUCCCAUGAAUGCCAUUUCACUUCAGUGUUAUUUUUAUUGUUGACGCAUGCACAGUAACCUGAGAAGAAGCAAGGGCGGUCUGCAAAUCUCCAGAUGUUGUGUUUGGUUGGCCUUUACCUGAUUGAUUAUUUUUCUUGUGGGUCAUGGUGAUAUGUUGGAAAGGUGUACAAUCAUGUUGAAUGCUCUCCAUUUGUAAAUGGUUCCAUCACAGUGGACUGAUGGAGCUAAUACUAUUUUAAGAUGGUUGUUUAGCCUUCCCCAGACUGAUGUACUCUCACUACCCUCUUCCUGUCCUCUGAGAUCUCCUUUCCUCUCGACAUGGGUGUUUUACAUUCACCUUUAUGGGUAAACCCAAACUGAUUGUAUUUCUUGGCUCAGUUCAUCAGAGUCCCAUCCAAGCACUUCCCUAAAGAUCCCUACUUUAUUUUUAUAUUUGGUACCCGAUUAUUUGCCCCCUUUAUUCUACUUACCUAGUGGAACCAAUGCAACUUGGUGUUCAAUUAUUUUUGCACUUGCACUAAUUCCGUUUUAGUUUCAUUUUUUUUGCCAUGACUUCUACUAAACAAACAAAUGGAACUAUAAGCCUAUUAUGUCAAAUAUUUUAUUUUUUCUGAUUUAAAAAAAAAUUAUAUGGUGAGCACAAAAUAAAUCUGUAAUUGCACAAGGGGUUCACAUACUUUCAAGCAGCACAGUAGAUUCAUGUAAGCAAGAAAGAUUAGAGAAGACAUCGCACAGAAUUUUGUACUCUUGUCAACUGUUAUUAAUGCUACAGCAACAGGUCUGGGACAAGAAAAUUAUGAAUUUCUUUGCUGAUGAUGGUAUCAGAUCUGGAAUGUGUUGAGACUAGUGACAAGUUUAUUUGAGGUAAUGUUACUGCAUUGACGUAGAUGUGUCUGACUCAUUAGCUGGUUGUAGGUGAAAUUGUUUGAAAUGGUUGUAUUGCAGAGAUGUGCAUACACACCUCGGUUCUCUGGGACCUAUUCUCUCAGUCCUGUGUUCCCAUAGCCUUACGUUCCCUCAGUCCUGUGUUCCCAUAGCCUUACGUUCCCUCUGUUCUAUGUUCCCAUAGCCUUACGUUCCCUCAGUCCUGUGUUCCCAUAGCCUUACGUUCCCUCGGUCCUGUGUUCCCAUAGCCUUACGUUCCCUCGGUCCCAUGUUCCCAUAGCCUUACGUUCCCUCGGUCCCAUGUUCCCAUAGCCUUACAUUCCCUCAGCCCUAUGUUCCCAUAGCCUUACAUUCCCUCAGCCCUAUGUUCCCAUAGCCUUACAUUCCCUCAGCCCUAUGUUCCCAUAGCCUUACAUUCCCUCAGCCCUAUGUUCCCAUAGCCUUACGUUCCCUCAGUCCUGUGUUCCCAUAGCCUUACGUUCCCUCAGUCCUAUGUUCCCAUAGCCUUACGUUCCCUCAGUUCUAUGUUCCCAUAGCCUUAUAUUCCCUCAGUCAUAUAUUCACUACAGUAUGUUCUGAGGGAACUUUUAAAAAAGAAAUCUGAGGGUACUAAAACUAGUUUGCUUUUUUAUUUGAAUAUUUGGUUACGUUUUUUGUAUAUACUCUGUUCUGUUUUAAUCUCUCAAAAUGUUUAAGAAUUAAGAGACUGACUUGCUCAACUGGUUGAACGUCCAAACAGGUUGAAUGACAACAAGUAAUUAACAAUGUUGUUUCUUAAGUUUCUUGCCAAACUAGUUCACCUUUUCCAUGACUUAAAUCCAAAGAUAUCCCUUAACCACUCCACAUGCUGUUUUGUGAAUGUUAUAAUGCAGGACAAUCAGGAAUCAUCCUUCCCUUGUUAUCAAUUAUGCAAUAUGUUAAGUGUUUGCUGUCUGAUUCCUUUAUGUAAGUGAGAGUAAACUAGAAACCACGUGUAUUAGAAAGUAAGAGAAAAUGUUAAAAUACGCAGUCAUAUUAAAAAUGGAUGGAUUUUUAACACUUUAUGUUGCCUUCAGGUUUUCUUCAGGCUCUCUG